UCAAUAUGUACGGACGGAAAGCACAGAUUGAGAAAAAUAAAGAUCCUAAGGAAAAGGAAGAGACAAAAGAGAUGGUUGAUGAGAUACAAUUGACUCGACUAGAGAGUCAUAUCAAGUAUAGUGGAGAUUUCUUCAUGAAUAAUGCCAAGUUCUUCUUAAUAAAUUUUGAGAAGAUGCUUGUUGUAUCCGAAUGCAACAGGAUUAAUGUGAUGACAUCCAGAGAGUUAGCCAUAAUUGACAUUUUGACAGGGCACACUCACCCAAUAAAAUGACUUGAUAUUUCCCCAUUCACUAAAGAUAUUAUAAGUUUUUCGAAGAAUAAGAUUAUUCUCCACAGGAUUCAUGAGAUGCCGGAAAACCCACAUUUCUUCAAAGAUCAGCAACUACUGACAUCUGCUCUAAGAUGGGAUGCAGUCUGGGACCUAGAUCUCUUCUUGCCCAUAAACGCUCUCAAGUUCUCUGCUGUCGGCGAUUUCUUCGUGGCAACAGGGAAUGAAGUGUUUAAUUUGUGGAGAAAAGACGCUUCAACACCAUUCUUCAGCUCAGAGGUCUUCUUCUCAGUGAAUAAAGACUUAGCAAUUCCUAGUAAAUAAGACAGAGUUCUUAUCUGCGAACCAACUGGGCAGAAUCAUGCAGUGUGAAAUCUCCAUUGAAGGAAGACUGAUCAUCACUCUUGAGGAGGGACAUAAUAAACUUAAAAUCUGGUAUAAUGACUAUAAAAAAGAGGUUGAAGAUGACGUAGACGAAGGUAUCAGCAGUCCUGUUAAGAAUCCUUUGAGCCCUUUCCAACCCAUGGGAGAUGAGAAGGAAAGCCCUACUCAUAAGCAGCAGAUUAAGAACAAGAAGAAGAAAAAUAUUAAGAAGGGUGAAUUCCAGUUCAAAUCACUCAAAGAUUUGGAUGAAUUUGUGGAUAAUGAGGAAGAGAGCGAGGAUAGCAUAGGUACAGAAGAGCCACUAGAGUUGGAAUAUUACCUCUUGCUUAGCCAUAAAUCCAAGAUUACUAACUUCAAAAUCCUCAUGCCUGACCUUUAUGAAGGAUUCAAGCAUGCAAUUCCGACUGUUAUAGCGACAAUCACAGAGAAGGGAUGGAUAUUCCUGUGGUACGAAAACUUGAUGGACCAGAAUAUUUCCUUUAUGUGUGCACAUGUAUUCAAACCGAAUCAUAAUGACAUUAUAAAUGAUAUAUGUUUCCUGGAGUACCCUGUGAUGCACCCAGAGAGAUACCACGAGUUGAAGGAGAAACACUCUUACAUUUUUAAUCCUGAGAAGAACAAGAUUGCUCAAAUCAAAUAAAUCGCAUAAUAACCUGGGAGUCUAUCAGAACAGCUUCGAAGAGACUACAUAUGACUGGAUUUAUUUGCUUAAGGAUAAAAAGUUGGAGAUUUACAGGGCAGAGGGGCUGAGAAAUUUCCCAAUAAAACAUAUCAAUGUCACUCUGAAGUCAGAGAUCAGCAUGAAGCUGAAGAUGACUCCUCGUCUUCACCAGCCACACAAGCUCUUUAGCAUCAGCAUCAGGGAUUUUAAUGACAAGAUUUCCUUCUAUGGGAUUAACAAGAGUUUACAGUUGGUGAAAUACAGGAAAGAUCUUCACCAGAAAGCUUCAAGAUCCGAAUGGCAUUUCCGAAACGUAUUGAUUGCAAAGAGGGACUAUAUUACUGAUGUACAGAUUCAUCGAGACUACCCUCUCUUGGUCAACAAGAAGAUCACUAACGAGCUUUGGUUCUAUUUCGAAGAACAGACUGUCAGAGAUAUUGUGAAAUACAACAACUUAAAAUUUAUUGGGCAAUAUAAUCACGAUAAGGAGAUAAAACAGCUUUGUUUUAUUGAUAAAAUCCCAGGAGUGAUCUUGUUGAACCAAAAUAACUCUAUCACAAUUGUGUGUUGUGAUACCUUCCUGAAAGUGCUAGGGAGCCAUCAAUUUUCCAAAGAGUUUUUGGAUAUUUGGGAUACAAAGAAGAAUAAUGCUUAUGAAAAAUGGGUCCUCGUUGAUGAGUAUUCUCUCAUUGAAGAUAUUACCGAUGUGACAGUGCAUUCAAUCCAGAUUUUAUCCACUCACUUUGAGCAGUCAGAAGCCACUAUUAAGAUCAUGAUUUUCUUUGAGAAGUUCUAUUCAAUUAUGGACAUCAAAAUCCUGAUUUCUUCAUUUAAUAAGUUUACUAUCACUAUUAUCCCGUUAGGAAAGAAGAAGAUCGGGUUCGAUAUUCAAAAGGUUCACGUUACCAGCAAGACAGAGGCAGGCAAAUAUCAUCUUUUGGUCAGUAAGAGACAGAGAAAACCAACCCUGUCCCUUAUCAAGGUUGAAAUAGACGAAAACGAGAAAAAUGAUAUGCUUACUGAGCUAUGGACCUCCCAGGCUCUUGCCACUACUGACUUCCGUGUCAAGAUCGGAUUGGAGCUCCUUGGUAUCUUUGACAACACCCAAAAUGUGCUAUAUAUCUAUGAUCUCAUUGAGGAGAAUUAUUCAGGGUUCAUUGACCUCAAGAAGGUCAUACCUGACAUGAACAGUCACAGUUCAUUUUACUAUGAUGAAUUCGUAAGCGAUGUCAUGUUUAGUAAGAACCAUGCCAAAGGCUCUCUUGUGCUGUAUUAUAACGACUCGAUUUACUUGUUCUCCCAGAUAAAUGUGGAGACUCUUGACUUCUCCCAAGAAGAGACCUGGACUCUUAUUCAUAAAUUUGACAAUGUGCUCGAGCUAAAUGAGAUUAAGAGCGUGAAAAUCUGAGAAAGCUACUACGGGAAAAUUAUUUUCAUCAUCAAUAAUAAGUAUUUUCUUAGUAAGACACGGUUCUUGACUGAAAUGGAACCUGAUGCAAUGGAAAAUGAGAUCUCAAGCUUCUCCCAUGAUAACAAAAGAAAGGUGACCUUUGAGGGUUUGUUCACUAUUUUCCAGCAAUCCAAACCUAUCUAUCACCCUCAGCUGUUGAGACAGUUCUUUAUGAAGGGCCAUAUGAACCUGAUUUUGAAGAUUUUAGUCAAGCUGAAUGACCUUCUGAACUCUGAAAGCAAGAAGUAUAAGAUUCCAAGCUUUUGUGAAAUCCCACUUGACUUGAUUGUCAAGGAAUUAACCCUUGAAGCCACAGAUGUUGCUCCUAAAGUCGAAAAGCCAAAACAAGGAGACACUGCUGCAAGUCUUUUCGAUGACUUAUUCUCAUGGAACAAUGAUGAGCAGCAGAAGUCUAAGCCUCUCUUCGCGAAGAAGGACAAAGCUGACCAGAAAAAGAAGGAUCCCAAUGCAAAGUUGACGAUUGAUGAGGAGUUUGAGAUGAUUCAGGACGAUUUAGUGAAGAUAAUUGAGAAUCCCAAGAUAGCAAAGGUAAACCUCUCAGACAAGUCUGUGAAAGACCUGGUCAGAUUCAUUAAAGUCUUUGCAAAGAUUUACAAAACUGAAUAUGAUUCUGAUAAGCUGACUUACUCCUUACUCAGAAAAUUUGAAUAUGAUAAACAAGAGACCAUCAUUAUAGAGAAAGAGAAGGGCCAGGAAGAAGAUUUUGGUGCUGGAAAGACAGUCGCAGACCGUAUUAUGGCUAACCUACGUGCUGAGGAGAGUGGAGAAAACCUUAAGCCUUGGACUACCAUGCAAAUAGCCUUUGCUUUCCAUUCUAAAGACCAAGAUGUUAUUUACAAUCAGAUAAAGAAUGACAAUCUUGAUUGGGAGACUAUGAAGAAAUUGAGCGUUCCGAUCUGGCUGAAGAACACUGAGAAAUUAAAGAAUUUGCUUGAAAUUGUAGCAAAGAAGGUCUACAGAGACGCAGGAAAUGAUGUAGGUGUCAAAUCCAGAGCUCAGGCAACAGCCCUUUAUUAUAUUAUGGCUGGAAAGAAGAACAUGCUGGUGAACCUUUACAGAACUGAACCAGCCAACAAGAGAGUUUAUGACUUGCUUUCAAAUGAUUUCUCCUUGCCUAAGUUCCAAAAGAAGGCUGACAAGAAUGCAAUGGCAUUAAUCUCAAAGAAGAAUUACGAACUGGGAAUUGCCUUCUUUAUCCUGGCUAAUAAAAUUAAAGAUGCUGUUACAAUGGCACUUAAUAAGCUGAAUGAUCUGAACCUGGCCAUCUGAAUCACAAGGCUUAUUGACGGAUACGAAUCAGAGAGAUGCUUCGAGCUCAUCGAUGAAUACCUCAUCAAAAUUGGCAAGGAGGUUGAAGACCCCUGGCUAGUCAGCAUCGGAUACUGGUGGAAAAAGGAAUACAUAGACUCUAUUAACAAUAUCAGUGGAAUGAUUGAGGAGAACAAAGCUCGGCUCGCACAGAAAGUGUUUGAUAAAAGUCCUAUUUUUGAUCUUUACCAGGACAAGAAAGAUCCAAAUGAAAAGAAGGAAGAAGAAAAAGAGACUAAAAAAAAACCAAACGAGAAAUCAAGGUUUGAGUACCCUAUUGUGGCAGGGAGGAAUGCCUUCGUGCUAGAUUACCUCCAGCACCUCAUGGAUCAUCACAUCAUCAAAAGGGAACUGAAGAAAGCUGAAUUUCAAGAAAGCAGUUCAGAGGAAGAAGAAGGUGAUAUUUUUAAUGACUUCUUUGGAGGCGGCGGUGCCUCUAAACAGAAAGAAGAGAAAAAGAAGGAGGAUAUUAAGACUAUCCAGGUUGAUAAAGAAGCCUUACUGAGUAUUAUAAGUGACUCCUAUGCUGAUACUGGGUAUGGAAUUUUAGGCCUAAUUCUUGCCUAUGAGAACAAAGAUAUUCAAAUGAAGAAAUACUCAGCAAAUAACUUAUCCAGACAUAUUAUCAUCGAAGUGGUAAAAGGUACACAGGCUGAUAAUGACGAUUCUAUUAAGAGAGUCUCUCAGGCUAUUUCUGAGCUAUCAAGCAGAUUCGGGAUUAAUAAGGAAGAGUACUAUAUAUUUGUCAGAAAUCAGUACAGAUUCUUGGAAAAUCUACGGCUAGAAUUCAGGUUUAUCCAGACAGACAAAGACUCCUCAACCCUCUUGUUUAGGCUGGAGGAUGAACUACUGAAGUCUAUUAACUUCAUAAAUGUGAUGACUUCGUACCCAUUCUGCAUCGAUCUUGAGAAGAGCACAGAGUCUGUGUCGAGUAUUCUGUCACUGAUCGAAUAUCUCGAAGGGAUUGUGAAAUGCAUGUUCAUUUAUGAAAACGAAGUCGAUGAAGACGCUGAGCCAGAUCCUUUCGAUGAGCCUGGAGACUCACUCGAGGAGAGCAAAGAGGGACAAAAAGAUUUCAAUGACAAGAGAAAACCUAGCUCAACUGUUUUCAUUCGUAAGGAAGGUAACGGGAAACUUUCUACAAAUUCUAAGAAAGAUGGGAAUUUUAAAGUUAGAUCCACAAUUUCGAAGAAAAAGCCUGGAAAUCAAGUGCAGAAUGAGGAUAGUCAGUACAUGGCAGAGCUAUGCUGAAAGCUAAGAACUUCGUUCCUUCUACAUGUGGCUAUGAUCCUGCUAUCAUUUCUGAUCAAGAAGUUUGAGUACAUCCGUCCUCUCCUGUUCGACUUGAGAAAGCUGAUGAAUUAUACAAACGAUAAGGCGAUUGGCAAAGAAGUGUCCGGCAAUGAGAAGGAUAACUCUAUCUACAACCUUCAGUCAUUGGCGAAUAUCCAGAUCUAUUUAAAGAAUCUUAAGGAUAUCUCCCAAAACAUGCUUGUCAAGUCCAGCGGCAAGUUCACUAAGGAAGAUGUCCUGAAUCCUGAAUACUCCGAUGAGGAAGAUGCUAAUGACCCCUAUCUUAAAGAUUUCAGGAAGAAAGAAGAAGAGAAAAAGGAUGAAGAGAAGAAAGAUGAUAAGAAAAAGCCAGUUGAUGACAAUAAGCGCAAGAUGAAGCAGUUCUUGAUCCUCUGGUUCAGGCAGAUUGUUAUUUACAAUACGUACUAUGUUCUGCAUCUGUCAAUGGCCAAUCAUAAUAUGACAUCCAUUUUGGAUGUAAAACCUUCGAUCGUGAAAGCAACGAACAUAAAGUACGCUCUGAUGUCGCUGAUGAACCCAAGAUUGCAGUCAUACCAGCAGGUUAAUAAUUUCAAGUCAAUGAAGCGGAUUCUUGAUAAUAUUGUGACAUAUUUCUUCCAGAACUUCUUGUCAGUCCAUCAGAGGUACCUCAUAGCUGAAGAUUUGAAAGAGAUUAUCUCUAACCAGAACAAGAUAGCUAUCUGAAAUAACAUAAAAAUUGAGAACUUCUUCGAUAGCAGUGAAGAAUUUAAGAAAUUUUAUGCCUUCAUGGAUAUGCCAUACUACAUCUCAAACUUGAAUGUGCUUGAGCUCAGCUUGAGAAAGCAUACUAAUAAGGACUACACUCCUACGACUUUGAAUAUUGUUGAUCGGACUUUUAAGAAUGGAAUCCAUGUUUUCAAACAGCAAGGAGCCCACAUCACCCAACUGUGUUUUGACAAUUGCGAGAAUGACAUCUGCGCUUUUACUAUGAGAGAGGAAGGAAUUCGGGAGAUCAAGCUCCUCCAGAGCCUUAGUUACAGGAACAGAGAUUCUCAAGGAAGAGAGCCGCUUGAUGCUGAGAUGGAAAAUUGGAGCAAAUGCCUGCACCGAUACGACAAGUUCCCUAAAGAAGACCUUUAUUCCUCACCUCAUGAUAUGAUCAAUGGGGUCAUUUCGAGUAUGUAUAAAGAGAGAACUUUAAAUUAUUCCAGGAAUAAGAGAAUAAAUAGGCAUGGGAUCCACCAUAGUUUAGGAACAACUUCUAGGCUCUUAAUCACAGAUUUUGAGAGCAAACCUCCACAAGUUUGGAACGGAAGAGAAUCAAACGAGUAUUUAAAGAUUGGGCCAUCAAAGAAGAGCACCUCGCAUUUUGAUUACAGUACUUGCAUCACGUCUCAUCCAAAGCUGCCGUUAUUUGUCACUGGAAACAACAAAGGAAAAUUAUGCGUUUGGUCUUUCAACAAUCUAGCUGAUUCUGCUGUGGGGAGUGAGUUUUACACAUACCAUCAGAAAAACAAUAGUCCUAGCAAGAAAUUAACUAUUGAUAAGUGCUUGUUCAGUAAUUAUGGAGAUAAGCUAGCUGCCCUUAAUACUGAUGGAACCUUCUUCAUGUUCAAUUUUGAUAUGCAACCGACAAGUAUAUACCCAUUUACAAGGAUUAAGAGCGAACGAGAUUUCAAGAUUUUGGAUUUUGAUUUCAUCAAUAGAGAUACCGUGAUCUCAGCUGUGUCGAAGAAGUCCCAUGGGAUGGUGAUUUAUGACCUAUUGAUGCCAACUAAUAGAAACGUGAUUCAUCAGACAGACAAGCUAGGUGGAAGCCAUGUGUGCACAUUGUAUAGGCCUCAACAAAUACUCACCUUUAAUUCAUUUGACAAAGGCAUGCUUAGCAUCUUUGAUCUAAGAAAACAAGAAGUUAUGGAUACUAUCCAAAUUGACACUGAGGAGACUACAGCUAUUGGACUCACAAGAGACCAACAGACCUUAAUCACCGGAUCUAAGGAUGGAACUGUAAAAAUAUGGGACAUCCACGACCAUUUGAAGCUGAGAGAAUCUAUUGAGGCAUUCUAUGACCCAGAGACCAGAAGAAAACAUGAAGUGUCUUGUGUGGUUGAGCAUCCUGGAAGCCAAGCGAUCUUUGCUUCUUCAUACAACGGAGCUAUCAAAUUGCUAAGAAUCUAGGGCUGGAGUAUAUUAAAGAAUUAUUCCAAUUGGCAUAUCUAAGUCU